UUUUUGUUAAUUUUGUUGUUUAAUAUAUUACUUGCGAAUGUUAAAAGACGAUAAAAAAUAUAUUAUACAAAUGCAAUGUUUUACUCACAAUAAAAGCGAGGGUUUUUUGACAGACGGUGGCGAUGUUAAUUUGGAUCGUGUACAAUUAAUAAUGUCAGACCUUGAUGUAGAAGAUGAGAUCUUCAAAAAGAGGCAACAAAAUAAACUGGCAUUUAAGCAACGUGAGAAGGACAAAAAGAGAAGAAAUUAAAUAAUCAGUAACUUUAAGCCAAAAUGGAUUCCCGCAGGAUAAUUUGCAUCCACUGCUCUUGGACAGGCAGUAAAUCUGCAGAAAAUGCACGUUACGAGGCUUAUUAAAUGCGCAUACAGGGUGUAGGAAUUACAAUACGAAUGCUGCUGACAGUACAAAUGCAUUAGAGAGCAUGUUAAUACCCGAGUAUAAAGCAAGAUGGCGAACGCGGCUUGCUGCUCCGCUUUCUCUCCGGACGGUCAAUAUUACGCGCAUUGCGGCAAUGACGGCAAGUUGAAGAUCUGGGAGACAACGAGCGGCCGAUUGAAGCACGAGUAUACGCCGAAUCGACAUUUAUCCUCGCCGUGCAGCGUCCUGGGAUGGAUCUCCGUGAGCCAACAAUCGGCGGGCAACGCAUCACCAUCGUCGAAGAAGAAACGCAAAAGAAAGUCAAUUUCGGAAGAGGCCGAAUACAAAUUUGUGGUGGCAAUGGGUUCGGUUAGCGGAAAAGUUAUACUGUACGAUAUAACAGCAGCACAUGUCAGCGUUACACUAGAAAAUGGUCAUUCGUCCACUGUCACUGCGAUGGCUUGGUCCACAGGCACCGGAUUGAUCACAGCAGCCGAUGACUACCACAUUGUGGAAUGGAAUCUUCAAGAGAACGGGAUCAAGUGUAAAUGGAAAUCUGGCAAGGCAAAGGUCAUGGCUCUUGCCAUUCCAGCUAAUGGAAAGUCCUUGCUGUCUGCGGAGAGGAUAAUCAAGUGGUGGAACUUGACGACAAAGCAGUUAAUUCGCACGUUUACCGGACAUGCAAAUCACGUCGUCUUUCUUCACACUGUGAAAAUAGACGACUCUAACAGUUACCUAAUCAGCGGAGCUUGCUCCGAUAGUUAUCUCUCUGUAUGGCCAUUAGAUAAGCAUAAAAAUGACAAAGCAUCGAUAGCAACAUUAUCCAUGCAAGACGAGGCUACAUCCGUUUCGACAAUUGUUCUGGAAGAAUUGCAGCAAGUUGUUGUAUUAGCCACUACUCGAUCGGGUCAAACACAAUUGUUUAAAUAUCAACCAAAUGGCCAUACAAAACCAUUGAAACCAUCUCUAAACAUUGCGGUUGCAGCAGAUGUCAAUCAGAAAGAGACUGUUCAACAGAUUCCUAUCUUAUCAGGACAUCUAACAGAGGAUGAAAAAGUGUUGUUGGCGUAUGGUAGUUAUUCGAACUUGACGUUCGAGAAAGUUACGCCUGACUUUUCAGACAAAGUGCAAUGUUUAGUCAGAUCGGAAAAGUUGGACACAAAAAAGUCAAAAGAAAGGAAAGAAGAGACAAUUUCAAAAGUAAAACCUACCUCGAUAGAAGAAGAUGUUAAAUAUCUUGCACCAGGCAUAGCAGUCUCGACAUUAAAAAGAAAUAGGACCAAUUCAGGUUCUCAAUUACUGUUAAAAGAUAGAUUAGAGAAUCUUAGUUUGAAUGCGGACGCGAACACAUCAGGAAGGAUACCGACAAAAGGAGCCAAUAUGACGCAAUUACUGAUGCAAGCAUUGAACAGCAAAGAUAAAACUAUUUUGACGACGGUAUUGUUCACAAAGAACGAAUCUGUAAUUCGUAAUACCAUCACGAAAUUACCAGUACAAGCGAUAACGCCAUUGCUUAAGGAACUAACCGUUAUGUUGCAAGGCAAAACAUAUGCAAGUAAGAUUGCAGUGAUGUGGUUGCAAGCUUUGAUCACAACUCAUGCGGCGCACUUGAUGUCGCGACCAGAUAUCGCGGAGGUGCUCAGCCCUAUUCUAAGUUUUAUCGAUGCGAAGUUAAUGCUUUUGACGGCUGUACAAAGAUUAAGAGGUAGAGUUUCUCUCAUAACGGGACAAAUAUCUCAAGCUAAUGAGGAAAAUAAUAAGGACAUAAUCGAGGAGAGCUUGCUCGUUUAUCAAGAUCCAGAUUCGUCGGACGAAGGUGCUGACAAAGAUGAUGUUGAAUUGAGCAGCGAAUCGGACGAUAAUUGGGAAGAGAUGUCGGAUCAAGAUGUUCAAGAUGAACAAGAUGAAGAAGAUAUUAAAAGCAUUAAAUCUGAGAGUGAUGAUAUGAAUGACAAUGAGUCUAUGCACAGUUGAAUUUAUAAUUGAAUUGGUUAGUAACAGAAUAAUUUACCUAAUCAUUAAUUCAUUGAAGGCCAUAAAUAUAAAGCUCAAAGCUUUAAAAAUUUUUAAAUUUGCUACAGUAUUUCAAGAUAGAAAUUUAUU